CUGAGUCUUGAGCCACGCUAUGUCGGGCAGAGACGGUAACGGGGUCUCUAGAAAGCUAGUGUCCCCUUUUCUCCUGCCGGCCCUUAGGGUUCGCUUUAAUGCGGCUAAAGGCUGAGCCCGUCCCAUGUCCCGGAUCGGCACUAGAGGAAACAGAGACUUGCUGGGCUUUGUGUUCCCGCCGUCCCUUCGUGCGUGGCUCUGGAGUGGUAAGAAGAAACCUCUGAAGCAACCGAAGAAACAGGCAAAGGACAUGGACGAGGAAGAUUUGGCCUUCAAGCAAAAACAGAAGGAAGAGCAGAAGAAACUUGAGGAGAUGAAGACAAAAGCUUCUGGGAAAGGCCCCCUUAGUAAGUGGCCCACUCAACUUUUCCUAUCCUUAAGCUGGUGGUGGCAUCAAGAAGUCUGGCAAAAAGUAGUUACAUGCUGUAGAAGAAGCAGUCUGCUCCCAUUGGUUGCUUGUCUAUGCAAUGGAUCUGCAGAUUCAUGUAGUCAAGAAAAUUCACUGUCAUUUGAGCUCCUUGUACAUUUUGCUCAGUCAAAAUAAAUUGUUUUGUUAAGA